AAGGAAAGCUCCAGGAGCAGACUGAAGGAAAGGCUGCUUUAAAAAUACUCCAUCAGGGGCCAGAAAUAGACUUUGGACGAUCUAAUCAGUGGAGAGGAAGUCUGGAGCGCCUGUUGGACACAACGCCAAAGAAAACAACUUUGUAAAGCAACAACUUUGGAGCAGAAGUUAAUCACCUCUUUAUUUAUUUAUUUAAAAAAAAAAAACGAAACGGCUGAAUCCGCGUCCAGCCUCUUUCCUCCAGCGGUGGACCAGCAGCUUGUCAGCAUCUGUCCCAGCCAGAGCAGGACGCCGCUGGGAUGCUGUGAUGGAGGCUGCUUUAUUCCCUCUGAAGCGCACUGUUCCAGCUGAUCUGCGCGGAGGUACCAUGGCGGGCUGGACGUGCGCUCUCCUCCUCCUCAGCGUCCUUUUAGCGCCCUGGAAGCCCGUCUCUGGCGGGCAGCUGUCAGGUCUGACGUUUGAACGGAGUCCCGGCACGGUCAUCUCCUCGCUGGGCAAACCGGUCCAGAUGGACUGCAAGCUGAAGGGAGCCGGAGGCGAGGAGGAGCCCCCCAGCGUGGUCUGGCUGAGAGACGGCGUCCCUCUCGAGUUCGCCGACACCAACCAGUUCCAGCUGCCGACCGACAGCAACAGCUGGAUCGUCAUAAGCACGCUCAGCAUCAAGAAGGUCCAGCUCCCUGACAUGGGCUCCUACAGAUGUGCCGUCCAGUCAAAAGGCAAUCAAACUUUGUCCGAGGAAGGGCGCAUUCAGCUGGAAGGCCUUCCCCAUUUCUCCGUGGAGCCCCACCACAGGUCCACAGUGGCCAACGUGUCCUUGAGUCUGAGAUGCGUGGCCCACGGACCCCCAGAACCGGUCAAGAUCAUUUGGCUGCAGGACGGGGCGCCGCUGAACUCCCUGGGCGACCCCGUGGCGUUGUCCCCUUCAACACUCAACCUCACAGGUCUGAACAGAACCAGCAGUUUCUCUUGUGAAGCUCAUAACCAGAAGGGCGUGGCCACCUCUGGGUCUGGAACCAUCACUGUUCUGCCAUCCCCGCCUCACAGCGUGGCGGCCGUGGAGAUCGCUCAGACCGCCCUUCGCUUAUCGUGGCAGCCCGGUUUUGGAGGCGUCUACCCGAUAAUCCGCUGCUCUGUUCAGGCCAGACAGCUGGGAGAUUCCUUCGCUUCAGACUCCGAUAAGACCGUCCACGACCAGAAGGUGAACAUCCCACCGGCCACCCACCUCAUCCAGGACCUGGAGCCUCACACGCUCUACGCCGUCAGGGUGGCCUGCGCCAGCAGCCAGGGGCCGUCUGAUUGGUCGCCCUGGGUGGAGCUCCGCACACAGGAAGGAGUGCCAGAGAACCCGCCGGCCAACGUGACGGCCAAGCCAAACGGCACCGAGGUGCUGGUGACGUGGGAGGAGCCAGCGGGGAAGCUGAACGGAGAGCUGCAGGGAUACAUGGUGGAAUACAGCACGCCGUCCACGCAGCAGGUUGAUGUGGACGCUGGACUGAACACAGAGUUCUCCAUCAAUCUGACCAGCCCCCUGUCCAACGUGUCUUUUCGAGUCUGCGCCUACACAGGGGCCGGUCGGGGACCCUGGACCCCCGUGCAGACUCUGGUCCUUAAUUACCCCGAAACGGAGAAAUUAAGAGGUGGGUCGGGUCCCGCUGCCUUUUCCUGGCACUGGUGGUACGUGGUGAUGGCCGUCACCGGCUCCGUGGCCCUCGCCGUGCUCCUGGCCGUGUACGUGGCCAAGCUGCGGCGCAAAGAGACUCGCUUCGGGGAGGCGUUUGAGCCCAUGAUGGAGCGAGGGGAGCUGGUGGUGAGGUACCGCGCUCGCCGCAGCUACAGCCGCAGGCCGCUGGAAGCGACGCUGAACAGUUUGGGCAUCAGCGAUGAGCUUAAACAGAAGCUGCAAGACGUGAUGGUGGACAGACACAAGCUGACCCUGGGAAAGACCCUGGGAGAAGGGGAGUUCGGCUCUGUGAUGGAGGGUCUGCUCAAUCAGGAGGAGGCUCUUCUCAAGGUUGCUGUGAAGACCAUGAAGAUUGCCAUCUGCACGCGCUCAGAGAUGGAGGACUUUCUGCGAGAAGCCGCCUGCAUGAAGGAGUUCGACCACCCCAACGUCAUGAGGCUGCUGGGUGUGUGCCUGCAGACGGUGGAGAGCGAAGGUUACCCGUCGCCUGUGGUCAUCCUGCCGUACAUGAAGCACGGCGAUCUGCACAGCUAUCUGCUGUACUCCAGGCUGGGAGACUGUCCUGUGUACCUGCCUUCUCACAUGCUGGUCAAGUUCAUGGCUGACAUCGCCCGAGGGAUGGAGUACCUCAGCAGCAAGAAUUUCAUCCACAGAGACCUGGCUGCACGCAACUGCAUGCUGAACGAGAACAUGAACGUCUGCGUGGCCGACUUUGGCCUCUCCAAGAAGAUCUACAACGGCGACUACUACAGGCAGGGCCGGAUCUCCAAGAUGCCCGUCAAAUGGAUCGCCAUCGAAAGCUUAGCCGACCGCGUCUACACCACCAAGAGUGACGUGUGGUCGUUCGGCGUCACCAUGUGGGAGAUCGCCACGCGAGGCCAGACGCCUUACCCAGGGGUGGAGAACAGCGAGAUCUACGACUACCUGAGACAGGGCAACCGCCUCAAACAGCCCCCAGACUGUUUGGACUGCAUCUACUCUCUGAUGUUCUCCUGCUGGCUGCUGAGCCCCAAGGACCGCCCGUCCUUCGAGACGCUGUGCUGCGAGCUGGAGAAGGCCCUCGAGGACCUGCCGGACCCGCAGGACCCCGAGGAAAUACUUUACGUCAACAUGGACGAGUCUUCCACGGAGCUCGGAGCCGUCGGCGGCCGCGACCCCGUCGGCUCGUCGCCUCUCUGCCUGAAGGGCCUGGAGUCGGUGACCACCGCGGAGGUCCACGACCGAUACGUCCCCUGUCCGCAGCUGGAGACCGCCCGGACCCUCUGCGACUCCCUGGAGAGCCUGGACAUGCCGGUGUCGUCGUCCACGGCCACGUUGCCUCUACAGCCGUCCUGCCGCACCACGCCCACCCCCACCUUCGAGCUGCUGGAGGACAGGGAGGCCGCCCGGAGAAUGCCCUGGCAGUGACCGAUCCACCGCUCAGCAUCUGAGGGCCACAGGCUGCAGCCUCGGACUGCAAGACACGUCGUGCCUCGCUGCACACAUUUUGCACAAAUGCAUCAGAGGCUUCAAAGAAUAAGAAGGAUUCCUCUCUCUAGCCACCUUUUCCCCCCCGAUGAGCACACUUCCAUGUGAGUUAGAAAUGGCUGCAUCUGCCACACCCUGCAGGAGACUCUCUGACGGCCAGGUGGAGAACACGGCUUCACGCUGCAGAGCAACACAAUCAGAGGAAUGAAUCGUAAAGCCUCUUUAGCAAUAAGACUCCCACUGCCGACAUGCUGGAGGCCGACUCAGAGGACACAGACGGAACCGGCUCUGACACUGCCAGGCUGAUCGCGCUCAGACGGACGGCUGACUUUCAUCCGUCUGGGCUGCCGCUUUUCAUUUUUAUCCUGUGAGGUAUUUCUGUAAUAUAUCUGUAAAAAAAAAAAAGAUGUUAAGGCUUUAUCGUUUACUGUGGGUGCUACCAGGCACAAUCUCAUAUAGAGUGAAACCCCACCCUGCAGAGAACAGAAACCUCCGUCUAGUACGCCCUGCAUUAAAAAGCCUUUUACACCUUUUCUAGAUUGGUACAACCAAUCAGCUCAGGAGCACAUUUGGGAUUUUAUGUGACCGACUAAAACUAAGUAGUGCAGAAAACCUAAAACUUUAUUGUAAUUUAAAGG